GCCCUGGGGACAGAGGGAGACAGGGAGGGAUCAGGGUGGCAGAGCAGUGUCCCACAGAUUCCAGACUUGGAGGACAGGGCCUAGGCAGAGCCGCCGCCAACGGUCAAGGAGGGAGGCUGCCUGGGAAAGGAAGGACCGUGGAACAUCCCACAAUCCCAAGUCACCCAUAUUCCCUCACAACAAGCAGGCCUUUGGCCCCAGGCCAGCUGCUCAGCUGCCUCCCUCCAGCCCAUCAAGCAGCUGUCACCCCACCACACCUCCCCCUUUCCCAGGCCCUUCACAUCUGCAGUCAGCUCGGUGAAUUACUUGCUCAUGCUCUAGCCAGGCCCUCGUCUCCCUUCAUGCCCUCCACCCCAUGGUUUCUGCUUUUCACAAGUUCCCAGGGAAGAGGGCUUGUUGAAGGUGCAGAAAUAUACCGGCUCUGCCAGGAGGAGGGGAGAGCACUGCCCCCUCCCAGUUGCCCACCCUGCCUGUGGUCUGGCUCCUGCUAAGGACACAGAGGGAGCCCCACCCUAGGAGAGGGAAACAAGAGGCCAGCCUGCCUCCUAAAAAUACACACCAGGGCUCCCGGAGGGCAGGGCCCUGCUUCUUUUAUGAUCUUGCCAGCACAGUGUGAGGGAUUAAAGAGUGCAGUAUUUUAAUAAUCAAAAGAAUAAUAAACAACCACCUCAGUAGGCCAAGGCUGUGGGCUGGAGAGGCGGCUCUGCAGGAGAGCCCCGAGCCACUGACCUCAUGCCCUGAUAAGGUCUGCAGUGGGUCUUAGAUCCACUUCCUCCCUCUGUGCAGCUGAAGCUGUGAGAACACGGGCAGAGCCCACCAGAGGUGGCACAGAAGCAAGCCAGGCCAGAGGGGGCUGCACAGCAGAGAGCUUUUCAUAGUACCGCAAGCUGGUGCACCUUCGCGGAACAAGCCAGGAAGAAAGUUUGGUGGUCAGUGACCCAGGGAAUAAGAAGGGAGUGGCUGGGGUUAAGAUGCUAGGCCCUGGCCAACUGGUUUGGAGUCGGGGAUGUACGGAACCAGGAAGUGUUACUCGGCCCAGAUCCCCCUGUUCCUCCCAACAGCCCCACGCCUCCUCCUCUCUCCAAAGCUGCAGCAACUUCAAGGAGAGUUGCCCUCCCCACCAGGCCCACCUCUUAGGCUUGGCCCAGCCCCUUCCCCGGAGGACAGACCCCAGAUGAGGCCCACACAGCCUGACAGGAAGGUAGGACCCUGGCCCUCAACUGUCCUUUCCUGCCGUGAGGCCACCUGGGUAAAUCAAGGAAGGGUGAGGAAACAGCAGCCCGGUUUGAUGUCAGGCCAAAGGGAGGUCAGUUCCUUCCCCAAGGUAAUGCUGCUCUGCUGAGAAAACCUGAAGUCACCCUUGGCACACCCCGGGGAGGAGCCAGCACUUUAUAGGUGCAGGGCUGCUCACCCUUAACACACCCUCUGCCUCUUUCCUCCUCCCCAUCCCUGUGGGUUUUGCUAAUGAGGGCCUGUCACUGGGUCCCAGGUCUGAGUCACCCACACCAGUGACAGGUCCCUUCCUUCCCCAAUAGUCAUUCCACACACCUUUCAGUUACCUCCCACCUCUGAGUUCCUCACUCCAGACACACAGGAGCUGGAGAGCCAGGCUGCCCGCCAGGGCCCAGAGCACUGGGGCUGUGGAGAAGAGGAGGCAGCGUGGCGACAGCCACACAGCAGAGCUGCCCCCGGACAGUCCCCAGAGGAAUCCUAAGCUCCCUGGGGCCCCAGGGUGUUGGCCGCACAGCCCAAACCCCAGCCUGCAGAUGCUGCAAUUACCUCAGAGCGUGAAACGCGACUUCCCACCUGACUGAGUCACCUGAAGACAACAAAACAUCGCCACCGCCACACGCGGUCACAAACAGCCAAGCCACUAAUCACAGUCCGGGAGCUACCAGCAGAGAGGCCGGUCCCCUGCCGGGGCCAGGAAGAAGCCAGCCAAGCCGGUGAGAAGCCCGGCCCGGGGAAGACAAUGCAGCUCUCAUCUACCACGGCUACCAGAACUCCAGCUCCGAUGCUCGCCCACGCUCCGUGCUGAGCAGAAACCCGGAGGCCUCUGCUUCUGCCCGCGAGGGCUGCCUGAUUCUCGCUGUUCACUGCUCCAGCGGGGCCCGAUGGUCCCCAGCUGCCCUUGACCGGGCUUCUGAGGUACCAGGCUGGUCUGCACCCUCCCCAGGGCCCUAUGGAGACUUGGCGCAAAGGCUCCUUCCGCAGCCCCUCCUUCUUCAAGCGGCUGAGCCUGGGGCGGCCGCGGACACUCCGGCGACAGGGCAGCGUGCUCAGCCAGGCCAGCACGGCUGGGGGGGACCAUGAGGAAUACAGCAACCGAGAGGUCAUCCGGGAGCUGCGAGGGAGACCGGAUGGCCGGCGCCUGCCACUGUGGGGGGACGAGCAGCCCCGGGCCACCCUGCUGGCCCCGCCCAAACCCCCGCGUCUCUACCGGGAAAGCUUCAGCUGCCCCAACAUCCUAGAGGCCCCCUCCGCAGAGUACACUGCCGCCUACUCUGCCACCCUGCCCUCCGCGCUCUCGGUGGCAGACACCCUCCACCGAUCCUCCGAGGAGGACCUUAGGGACAUGCCCCCAUUCCAGAGGACACCUGCUCCGGACCUCAGCGAUCCCUUCUUUUCCUUCAAAGUGGACCUGGGGAUUUCACUUCUUGAGGAGGUUCUGCAGAUGCUGAGAGAGCAAUUUCCCAGUGAGCUCAGCUUCUGAAUGGGGGGAGGGUGGGCAGAGGUGGGUGACUGAAAGAGGUGGGAGCCUGGGAACCCAGAGGAGGGGCAGUCGGGGAUUAAGUUAGGGAUAGAAAUUCAGGUCCCUGCCUGACCCCCUGGGGUCCUGAACAAUUCUCUGAGUCACCCCAGGGUGGAGGGACAGAGGGACAGAGGCAAGCCAAAAAUGUGAAGGGGGCACCUGCUGGCAGGAGCCCUGAAGACAGCUAGCUAGGCUGGGAAGGGAGGCCACGCCUGCAACCACAGGGACCAGGCAGAGGCCUGGAUGGUGGCAGAGGGAUGGUGGCUUAAGGGGCAAGUCUGGGAGUGGAGAACACAGACUGGGCUCAGAGAUGGGUGUGCUGUGCCAGCUCCUACAUGUGGCUGCUUAAAGUCACACUAAUUAAAACUAAAUACAAUAAAAAAUUCAGCCCAGUCACACUGGCCACAUUUCAAGUGCUCAGCAGCCACAUAUGACUAAGGUUUACCACCCUGAACGGCAAACGGUGAACGGUAACGUUACUGGAGAAAGUUCUAUUGGGCCACACAAGCCUAGACCACAGCCUGGUAGGGGCAAGGGAAGCAUAUGGGACCUGCCAGGGAAGGGAGGGGCUUGUGGGGCAGGAAGAGUGAGGCCGGUGGAGAUACAGAGUGUAACUCAGGAAAAAGUCCAAAGAAAUUGCUAGCAGGAAAGGGGGCGUGAGAGACUCAAAGUGCCAACACAGCUGCCCAGAGCACUCCCUGGAGCCCAAGGAAGGAACUCGAGGGAAUGUCAGGCACAGACAGCUUGUGAAGAGAGGCUUUGGGGAAUUCUGGGAAAUAUCAGUGAUGGGAGCCCUGGGGAAAUGCAAUGAAAUAUAGUGGCAGUUUUCCCUCCUUCCUGCACCCAUGAGAAUAUGGGAGGUCUGAUCAGGGGACAGACACAAAGCUCAAGGCUGUUACAGUGAAGGGGCACAGCUGGUCUCCAGAAUCCCCACCAGGACCGAGGAGCUUUGCUCAAAGCCUCUGACGAUGGGGGUUGCGGCGCUACCCUGACGCCUGGCCAGAAGACCUGGAACCGGAGCCUGGCUGGCGGCAGGUGGUUCUGACACACACUGCCUCCACGAUGAAAGCCUUAUGGCCUCCCCCUUUCUACUCCUGUGUGCAUGUGCUGAGCGGAAAGCUCCCCUGUGGGUGCAGAUGAUAAAUAAAGUUCUUUAUCACACAGCCUA